CGCAGAGAGAGACACUCCUCUCCGGUCACCGCCCCCGUCAACCCGCCGCCAGAAGGAGGAAGAGGAGGAGAAUGAGCUCCGUCGCAGAUAUCACCGGCGUCUUCGCAACUCUUGCUUCUUACCUUCAGACUCAGAAUCCGAGAGAGGACGAAGAGAAGUCUCUGAACCGCGCGGUUUCGAAGCUGAACGGGUCUCUGAACCUCAACGACGGAGCCGGCGGCGGCGACGAUGACCCUGCAGUCCAGUUCCUCAACACCGCCUUGUCCCUCAUGUGCUUCACUGCCCCUCAGGUGUUUGAUUCAGUAAUCGAGCGACUUGUGAAGACCAUAGCGGCUGCAUUGUCUUCUUCAGUCAGCUGCAAAGUGGUCAAGUUUGCAAAUGCAGAAGCUUUACUGAUUGGUAGCUCGAUUUUGGAGCGCGAUCGUGUCGAAUUGAUUGAAGCCUGUAGUGAUGUGCUCGUGAAACUGAAUGACAAUGGGAUGCAUUCUCAUAUGCUGCUAGAUGCUGUCGUCAGAGUGACAUUUUCGGCAUCUUGCUGUCAAUAUUCGUUCCCUGCUUAUCCUGUCAAAGAUGCAAACCCUGCUAGAUGUAGAAGCUCUGCGGCUUUGGCGCUUCUCAACCAUUUGCCUCGAGAUUUCUGCCUUAACAAUGAUGAAGUUCCAUUGAGAUUGUUGUUAUGGUAUCUUGAUCCACUAGUUUUGAAGCACGAUGUAUCGGAAAUUUUGCGGGAGACCAUGGAAAGGCCUUUCCUCUGUUUGGAUCAUGAGUUCCGCAAGAGGACAGAUUGGAGGAUGAUUGUCAUAUGCUUGGUGCUUUGUCCUAUUAUGUUAAUAGAGACAAGAGCUCUAUUGCAUAAAUGGUUUCUUGAGACGGGAGCAGCUCCUUUACUGGAGUUUCUGAUCAAAUUAGUUGCAGUGAUGCUUGAUGUGAGCUCGAGACCAACAUAUUGGGACAUAUCAACCGAGAUGGGAUUGAAGCUACCAUUUUCUGGCGCGUAUUUUCCUUUCAGGCACUGUUUUUUCAGGAUCUUAGCAGGACCCCUUUCAUCUACAAGCUUUGUCGAUCUAGUCCAGUCUACUUGCAAUGAUUCAGCGAGGAAGCCCAGGACAAUGAAGAUAGCAAUGAUAGAUCACAAAUCUGCAUGCAGGGCUUUUGCAAUCAACUUCCCAACCUGGUACUAUUAUGCUUCUGUCUCGCUAUUCUAUGGACAAGCUUUUGAUAGUAUGAGUCAGAACACCAAAACAACACAUGGCAUGGAACCUUUACCUUGUUCUACAUCUGCAGCAAGUUACAUUUCGUGGGUUCUGGAUCCAAUCAAUGAAAUCCAACGAGCACACCUAGUUGAUUGUUUAAUUAAAUCUUCAGAAUCGUGGAUCCAUGGACAAUCUGCCUCAGGUGGGACAGAUCAAGAGACUGCUGUGACUGCGAGCAGGAAGAAACUCAAGAAACCCAAAUUCUGUGACAGUAUGCAAGACCAUUCCUUGCGAGAGAGUUUGCAAAAUACUGUGUCGUGGCUUGAAAAAUUCAAUAAUGUAUGCGAGACAUGUUGGCCCCUGACUUUGGGCCCCGGGAAGCCGCAGACCCUAAUGUUCAGAUGCAUCCCAUUAGGCAUUUUGGUUGGGUGGCCUGGAGAUAUAAAUGGAGAUAGAUGUGAACUGCUGCUAUAUUAUGCUGCAACAGGUAGGAUCUCUCAGUCAAAGCAAACCGGGUCUGUGGGCCCAAGGAACUCCAGAAAGGGUUGUCAAGGAGUUCAAGAGUCAGCUGUAUGGAUUGAUGAAUGUAAUAUAGAGGAUGCAGUAACAGGUGCUUGUCUUGUCUUUCGACUAACGGACAUCGUCGAGAGCUUGUCGGGAUCGCUGUUUGAGACUGAAGAGAACAGAAUCAGUUUUGUUUGUCGGUUUAAAGGAAGGGCAUAUGGCUUCUUGGUCAAGUGCAUCAAGAGACUGAUGAGUGAUCUCGGAACCAUCGGAGACGGGCCUAAGAUGAUAUCAGAUCUCCAUUUUAGAUUGAUGCGAUGGAAGAAUCAAGGCCAGGAAUUGGUCAAUGUUCGGAAAGAUCUCGAUGAUAUCAUUGUUAGAUUAAACAGUAAAAUGUCAGCAACAUGAGGAGCUGUCAAGGGAUCCGUGUUUUCUAUUUUUGUACAGACUAGAAGUAUAUGUAUAAUGUGCAGGUUAUCGUAAAAACAGAUGUUUACUGUACUAUCCUUUCAGAAUUUGCCACAGGCGUAGUACAUGCCAAAAUGUGUAACCUUUUCCAGUGAGUCGAAUCGAAUUCUCAAUGGUAUAUAAGAAAGCAGCAUAAUUUUACA